AUGACCACCACCCUGACGGAGGACGAGGAGGUCAAGUUCAAGGCCUUCUGUCCCAAGCACUCGGGAGGAGAGGGGAAGACCACAGCUCCCACACAGACCGGCCCCCAGACCUCCAGCGACGAGCACAAGAGAGUCAGCCUCCGUAAACUCAAGCUGCAGGAGAUGGAGGACGAGUUCUAUCACUUUGUGGACGUCCAGGAGGUGGCGACGCGUCUCAAGCUGUGCGCACACACCGUGGACUUCCUGUUUCAGUACUGGAAACUCAAGAGGAAAUCCAACCACAACCGAGCUCUGGUGACACCCAAGAGCGAAGAAGAAGAAGGGCUAGCACGCCGCGAGCACGAGGUCCUGCGGCGAAGACUGCAGCUCUUCACACACCUGAGACAGGAUCUGGAGAGGGUGCGUAACCUGACCUACAUGGUGACCCGGAGGGAGAAGAUGAAGCGUUCCAUGUGGAGGAUCCAGGAGCAGAUCUUCAGGCACAAGAUCACACUGUUGGAGCAGCAGCCUUCAAGCGACUCGCCGUCCAUAGACGUGGCGUGGCUUCUGUCUCUGGGCUCUGACGGUCACCUCAGCUCCUCCAGCUCCACCACAAGAAUAUCCAAACACCUGAAGAAGAAACGCAAGAAAAGCACAACUCUGCCCCCUCUGGCGACACCCCCUCAUGACGAGAUGUCUAUGGACCGGACCAUGAACCAGACCGUGGACGAGACCAUGGACCGGGCCGUGGAGGUGGAUCGGACCGUGAACCAGGCCGUGGACCGGACCGUGGAGAUGGACCAGUCUAACGACGGACAAGUUUUCAAACACAAACAAAACUUCAAAAAACAUGAAAAACGUAAAAAGCCACAGCUGAACGGGUUCCAGGACAAACAGCUGUUGGUUCACCUGGUCGACAUCCGCCGCACUGACUGUGAGGCCGUUUUACUGCACACAGGCUGGGGUGCAAAUGAGGCUACCAAAGCUAACGAGGCUAACCGGGCUGACAAAACUAACCAUGCUAACCAGGCUAACAACGCUAACCAGGCUAAUGUUAAACUACGCUGUAAUGUCUCCAAUGGACUGUCCAAGAAACUUCAAGCUAACGCCAACAGGACCGCGAACGGCAACAAGACGGCUAACCCCAACAGGACCGCCAACAGGACGGCUAACCCCAACAGGACGGCUCACGCUAACAGGAGCGCUAACGGGCGGAGCUGGGGGAAGUUCAAGAUCCCCAAGAGAACGUGCGAGGAUUUGAAAACGCCACUAACGAAGGAGCAGCGUCUGGACAAGGACCUGAAACUCUGCAACGGGGACGAGGCUACGCUAACGCGCCGUUAUGACUUCAUGCGCCGCGGCGUGCUAGCAUCAUGA